CUGUUGUUUUCAAUCCAUCACGCCUAAUGGCCCGGCCCUUAGCGGAAAUCGACACGAAUGUACAUGCAUCGUCAGACGAGUAUUGCGAGCAUGGCCUGCGACCAGCGAGAGAACAUGUAAAUCAAUGUCAGCUGCAGCCGGAGCCGGCUCGGCGCGGACGCAAGAGCUCUGGCAUUUGGACGCCGCAUAUCGGCAGCAGGAAGCGGUCUCGGCUUUCAGGACCUGCGCCGGAGGCUCCGGCGGGGUUUGCUGACCGCAGCCAACCGCAGGGGCAUCAACUGCAGCACUCGGGACAGGGAGGGGUUCUGAAGGAUGCUGGUGACGGGGCCGAUAGCGAUGUGGAGGAAAUCAGCUCGCAAGAGUUUAGGGAGUCGGUGUUCGGGCCAGCGCGCCCCGAGCGUGAGGCAGUGACGGCGGGCGGCCCUGCUAGCGGCGGUGGCGGCGGAGGCGCAGCCGCAGCCGGUGGCGCAAUGGGCGGGUUGGGAUUGCUGGCAGCACCGGCGGCGGCGACCGGGUCAGCCCCGGGGGCGGCAGCUGCCGGUCGCGGGGGCGAGGAGGAUGACGACGUGCUGAUAAUGGCGUCAAAAGGGCAGGUGCCCACACGCGACCUGCCGCACCCGCGGCCCCACUGCUCCAACCAGCGCUACAGGGAGUCGCAGUUCGGCGCCGACGUCGCCAACGUCGCGCACUGCCCACAGUGCUUCUGCUACGUGUGUGACGUCAAAGCGUCUGAGUGCGCCUUUUGGGGAACAGGCAUCCUCGGUUCGGACCACGCCAACGCCCACCCCGACAACACCUACUGGGCGCGGCUGCGGAUGCGCGCACGCGUGGCGAAGCCGCCGGCCGCUCGCCAGCGGCUGCUGACUGCCGCCUCCACUAGUGCGGUCGCGCCGGUGCGCGCCGCCCUGGCCAGGUGGGAACAGGCAGCAGCAGUAGCAGCCCUCGCGAAAGCGGAGGCGGAAGAAGCGGCUGGCGGCGCUGGUGUGGAGGCUGGCGUGGUGGCUGGUGCGAGGGCUGGUGCGGUGGCGGUGUCGACAGCUUGUGCGGCUGGUGCGACCUCGGUGCCGGCGCCUGCAGGGGGCGCAGCAGGGCCGGCUGGGGCGUCGUCCUCAUCCGUGGUGGGAGUCCGGGAGCCAGCCGCACCGCCGCAGCGAGGCGCGGCUGCGGCUGCCGCUGGCCCAGCACUCGGAGCCGCGGCGGCCUCGACGGUGACGCAGCAGGUGGCCCUGCAGCGCCGGGCUGGCGCGCAGCAUGGGCAGCGGCUGCCCCUGCUUCCGCCGCUGCCGCAGCACCACAGCCAGCAACAGCUCCACAACCAGCAGCAGCAGCAGCCGCAGCAAGACCCAGCAAAGGCGCUGAUGAUGCAACAAGGACUGGCGCAACUGCCGCCGCAGGACAGGCACACAAUGCAGCUGCAAGUCCAGGCGCAGCUUAUGGCGCUACAACAGCAGCAGCAGCACCUGCCGGCGGCACUUGGCCACAAGACGGAAGAAGUGCUGGCGCUCUGGCACAAGGGCCUGUCGAGCCUCUCGUCCCAACAACGCGGACUCAUGUUGUCACACCGGAUGUCGGGGAUGGCUGCGGAGAGUCUGCUGCCCCUGGUUUCAGUGCUGCAGAGCAAGGUUGACGAAUACCUUGCGCAGCCGCGCGAACCAGCGCCACAACAUCCGCGGCAGCAGCCCCCGCAGCCGGCUGCUGCUACAAGCCACGCGCCUGCACCCGUGCGUCAGCAGCAGCCUGCGACGCCCGGGCCCAUGCCAUUAGUGCCAGCAGCAGCGCCACCAUCCAGCAGGCUGCCCAGUGCAGGCGCAGUCGCGGCGGCGGCACUGGGGGCGGCAAAGGCCAUUCCGCACGCUGGGGCGCAGCAGCAGGGGGGGCAGCCACUCCUCCCUCCACCGCAACAGCACCCCCACCAAAACCACCAACAGCAAGACCCCGCGGCGCAGCUGCUGCAACAGGAGGUGGAGCGGGCGCCACCGCAGCACCGGGACGAGUGGCAGCAGGAGCUGCUAGCGCAAUGGAUGGCGCCGCAGCAGCCGCAGCUGGCGGCAGGUGUCCAGCGGGAGGACGUGCUGGCGGCGGCGCGGCAGUGCCUGUCGCACCUCACGGCCCAGCAGCACAAGGCCAUGCUGCAUGACGCAAUGUCGCAGCUGCCUGCGGAGCAGCGGCAGCCCAAGCUGGAGGAGCUGCGGGGGCUCGUGGGCGCGUGCCUGGCGCACACGGUGCGUGCGCGUGCGUGCGUGCCGUAGCCGAGCAUCCGCAGCAGCAGCGCACACCGCACUAGCACCCGCAGCAGCAGUAGCCGCAGCAGUUGUCGGGUAGCUGCAGCGCCCGCACCCGGCUGCAAGCCGCGCGCAGGUGCCACAGCUGCAGCAGCUGCGGCCAGCAACGACGCUAGCUGCCCGGUCUCGGCGCCUGUCUUGGCGACGCUGCAGUCGCGGCGAACCUAUCUAUAGGCUGCUGUACCAUUAACGACUGCCGCGGCAAGCUGCGCGGCUGUCAGCGUCACUCACGGCGGGGUGGGGGCCGGUGGCUACGCAUGUGGCAGGCGUUGCGGCAGCACCGAGACUGGCAGUGGAGCUACCGGCGCCCGCUAGGGACGAGGCCGCAGGCUUCAGGCAUCAAUUGGGACCGACCUCACGUGAUGCGCAUACAGUAUGUGAAACAUUGUCAGUACUUGCGCUGAGGAAUGGCGUUUGCAUGUACCGUAGUUACGUGAUUGCGUUAGCGGCUUGGCAAGCUUUGGCAGCGUGUGCACCUGCCUGUGUGGUGUGUGUAUGGGGCGUGUAUGUAGUGCUGUGAUCCAAUGACGUGAAGCGGGCGUGCUGUGCGUCUGUGACUGCACGGAGAGAACGUCCAUGCGGGGGCUGGCUUGAGGUGAGGAGUACAGGUACUGAGGAGUGGGGGUCGGCGGGAAGCCGGACAGAUGAUGAGCCAGAACGUCAGGCCUGCUGGCAGCAGUCAAUCCAACUGCAGUGGCACUGUUACCCGCUGUUGUUUCACAAAUCUAUCUCGACAAG